GGCGUUGGAUUGUCACUCCGGCGACGGAGCUCCCCCGGGCAUGGUGGCGCUGAAGAUGCUCCCGCUCCGCCUGCUCUUGGUGGCCGUGGUCCUCUGCUUCUUCGAGGGGGAUGCCAAGUUCGGGGAGAACGGCGCCCGGCGGCGGCGGUGCUUGAACGGCAGCCCCCCACGGCGCCUCAAGAAGCGGGACAGGCGGCUGAUGCUUCUCGAGCCCCCCCACGGCGCGGAGCUGACCUGCCGGGGCUUCUACCCUCGCCUGUCCUGCUGCCCCCGGGCUGAGAGCCAAGGCUUGCUGCAGCUGGCCGAGAACAAGAUCUUUUCUGUUACCAACAACACAGAAUGUGUGAAGCUGCUGCAGGAAAUCAAAUGUGCACACUGUUCACCGAAUGCUCAGAAUCUGUUCCACUCAACUGAGAAAGAAGCAUUGGAAAGAGAACUAGUCCUUCCUUUCCUGUGCAAGGAUUAUUGUAAAGAAUUCUAUUACACUUGCAGAGGUCACAUACCAGGUUUUCUCCAAACAACGGUUGAUGAAUUUUGCUUCUACUAUGCAAGAAAAGAUGGUGGGUCAUGCUUUCCAGAUUUUCCAAGAAAACAAGUUCGAGGACCAGCUUCUAACUAUUUGGACCAGAUGGAAGAAUAUGGCAAAGUGGAAGAGAUCAGCAGGAAACACAAACACAAUUGCUUUUGUAUGCAUGAAGUUGUAAGUGGUCUGAGGCAACCUGUUGGAGCAGUACACUGUGGAGAUGGAUCACAGCGCCUGUUCAUCUUGGAGAAGGAGGGAUAUGUGAAGAUUUUCACACCUGAAGGAGAUAUAGUCAAGGAACCAUUUCUGGAUAUACACAAACUUGUUCAAAGUGGAAUCAAGGGUGGAGAUGAAAGAGGGCUGUUAAGCCUGGCAUUCCAUCCCACUUACAAAAAAAAUGGAAAGCUGUAUGUGUCUUAUACCACCAACCAAGAGCGAUGGGCUAUUGGGCCUCAUGACCAUAUUCUUCGGGUUGUAGAAUACACAGUAUCCAGAAAAAACCCACAUCAGGUUGAUAUGAGAACAGCAAGAGUUUUUCUAGAAGUAGCUGAGCUACACAGAAAACAUCUUGGAGGACAACUGUUGUUUGGCCCUGAUGGAUUUUUAUACAUAUUCCUUGGUGAUGGAAUGAUUACUAUUGAUGAUAUGGAAGAGAUGGAUGGUUUAAGUGAUUUUACAGGUUCUGUGUUGCGCCUGGAUGUAGACACUGAUUUCUGCAACGUGCCUUAUUCCAUACCACGGAGCAACCCGCACUUUAACAGCACCAAUCAGCCUCCUGAAAUUUUUGCACAUGGACUCCACAAUCCAGGCAGGUGUGCUGUGGAUCGUCACCCAACUGAUGUAAAUGUUAAUUUAACAAUACUUUGUUCAGACUCCAAUGGAAAGAACAGGUCCUCAGCAAGGAUCUUACAGAUAAUAAAGGGGAAAGAUUAUGAAAGUGAGCCUUCACUUUUAGAAUUCAAGCCAUUCAGUAGUGGACCCUUGGUUGGGGGAUUCGUAUACAGAGCCUGCCAAUCUGAAAGACUUUAUGGGAGUUACAUAUUUGCAGACCGCAAUGGAAACUUUUUAACACUUCAACAGAGCCCCAUUACCAAACAGUGGCAAGAGAAAUCAUUAUGUCUUGGCAACAGUGGUUCAUGUAGAGGUUUCUUUUCAGGACAUAUCUUGGGAUUUGGUGAAGACGAAUUAGGUGAAGUUUACAUCUUAGCAAGCAGUAAAAGCAUGACGCAGUCUCACAAUGGAAAACUUUAUAAAAUAAUUGACCCCAAAAGGCCUUUAGUUCCAGAAGAAUGCAAAAUACCAGCUCUUCCUGCCCAGAUAUUGACAUCUGAAUGCUCAAGGCAUUGUCGAAAUGGGCACUGCACUCCCACUGGAAAAUGUUGCUGUAAUCAAGGCUGGGAAGGUGAAUUCUGCAGAACUGCAAAAUGUGACCCAGCAUGUCGACAUGGAGGUGUCUGCAUACGACCAAACAAAUGCAUGUGUAAAAAGGGAUAUCUUGGGCUUCAGUGUGAACAAGUGGAUAGAAACAUCCGAAGAGUGACAAGGGCAGACAUCACCUAGAUGAACAGCUUUGCCAUGUCCUGUAAAAUACUAAAGUUACAUUUUUCUCCAACUUAAUUGGAAUGACGGGGAAUGAAAGAGCAAACACACUCUUUAAAGUGUUAUGGACCUAAUAUAGAAAUGUAUCCUUGUGGCAACCUUUAUACAUAAUCAACGAAGAAUCACCACCAAUCAACCAAUCAAUGUAAUAUUUAGAGUUCUUUCCAUUCUAUUUCAACUGGCCUGUUUAUAUGUUACUAGAAUCUAUUGCAGAAUUCUCACCUAAUAGAACUUCACAGGAUGGGAGCUCACUUCAGCAAGCCUUAUUUGUGUAAGAGGAUACUUGUACAAAUCAGUAAAAUUAAGAUUAUUUGCCAAAUAUGGUUAAAAUGUAAAUUGGGGGGAGUUAACAGAAUACUGUUUCCUUGGGGGGUUUUGUAAAUGUAUCAAUAAAUGUGGUGUACAUGCUGUAUUCAGAAUUGUUAAAGUAUUCCUAUUUUAACUAUAGGAUCAUCUUGAGAAUUUAAAAA